CCCAGAGCGAGAUGAAGAGAAGCAGAAAUGAAAUCGUGUGAUAGCAGAGAGCUGUCAUGAAGUAGAACAGCUGGGGUGUUUAAAGGGACUGGACUGCGUGCCCACGAACACACUACACUGAGGUAGAGCCUCUGGGAGGCAGCAGGGUGAGGUCAGGAUGGCAGGUGUUGGGGCAAGUUCCCCGGCUAACCCUGCCUGUAAGAUCAUGACCUUCAGACCUACCAUGGAGGAGUUUAAGGAUUUCAACCAGUACCUGGUUUAUAUGGAGUCUCAGGGAGCUCAGCGUGCUGGACUGGCCAAGGUUAUUCCACCCAAGGGCUGGAAGCCACGUCGCAAUUACGAUGAUAUUGAUGAUUUCAUGAUUCAAGCACCUAUUCAGCAGAUGGUGGCUGGCCAAUCAGGACUCUUCACCCAGUACAACAUCCAGAAGAAACCACUCACUGUGCAAGAAUUCCGCAGACUGGCCAACAGUGACAUGUACUGCACACCUCGCUACCUGAACUAUGAAGACUUGGAGAGGAAGUACUGGAAGAAUCUGACAUUCGUCUCGCCCAUCUAUGGUGCUGAUGUGAGCGGCACACUCUAUGAUGAGGACAUUGAAGAGUGGAACAUCGGGCACCUGAACUCAAUCUUGGAUGUGAUUGAGGAGGAUUGUGGAGUGUCCAUUCAGGGUGUAAACACACCCUAUCUGUACUUUGGAAUGUGGAAAACCAGCUUCUCCUGGCACACGGAGGACAUGGACCUCUACAGCAUCAAUUACCUGCACUUUGGGGAGCCCAAAUCCUGGUAUGCCAUCCCUCCAGAACAUGGGAAGAGAUUGGAGCGUCUUGCUAUAGGUUUCUUUCCUAACAGCUUUAAAAGCUGUGAGGCGUUCCUGAGACACAAGAUGACACUGAUUUCCCCCUCUGUACUAAAGAAAUACAGCAUACCAUUUGAUAAGAUAACACAGGAAGCGGGGGAGUUUAUGAUCACAUUUCCCUAUGGCUACCACGCUGGCUUCAACCACGGCUUCAACUGUGCUGAAUCCACCAAUUUCGCCAGUAUCCGGUGGAUCGAUUAUGGAAAAGUUGCUACGCAGUGUACAUGCAGUAAGGACAUGGUGAAGAUCUCCAUGGAUCCAUUUGUUAGACGAUUCCAGCCAGAUCGCUAUCAGGCUUGGACACAAGGCAAAGACUCAUGUCCAUUGGAUCACACCUUGGCCACACCCAGCACUACACCGGAGCUGCAGAGCUGGCUUCAGAGGCGUCGCAGGAAAGCACCCUCCACCUCAAGUCUCCAUUAUCCACGUGCAUGCUCCAAACGACUGAAGACUGUGGACUCUGCACCAGUGAAGGGAGGUGGUCGCAGGAGUAGAGGGGCAGCUUUAACAUUGAAAAACGAGGAUAAUGAAGACUCAGUGAAACACCAGAAAGAAUCACAGUACUCAGGGCUCACUGGUCCAUGUCGACAAAUGUGUCUUGUGAAAGUAACAAGAGUGGAGAAUGACUUGCUGGCCCACUCCACCAGACAAGUCACAGAUGAUUCCUCUGAGCAACUCACGACCCCUCCACUCACCCCCACAUCCAGGCAGUGUGACCCCGAUCCAGGUCACACAAGCUCCCAGACAUCUUUCAUUUUCGAUGAAGGUCUAGUAUCCACAAACUCAAAUUCCACUGCACAGCCUGGACCCGGAUCAACCUCAGAGAGCAGCGUCACUCUGGAUGUGAUUCUGGACUCAGAAAGAACUGCUGAAAUUCCUAAUCGAGCAUUAAACUGUGAACCUGUCUCAGUAACAAGUGCUUCUUCUAUUCCUGUGACCCAUUCACCGAGACUUAAUUCCACUGAUGCUGCGGUUUUAUUUUCAGAAACUGAUUCCCAACAAGCUAAAAUUGAAACAGAAGAGACGUUCGCGGAUAUCUUGACUGAGAGCAGCAUCGAUUGCGGCACAUCAGCACUUUACAAAGAGCAAAGCUCGAUCUGUCUAGACUCUGCUCUUCAGGGUUCGGAAACCUCAGAAAACAGAACAAACUCUGAAAUCCAGAAUACUUUGUUUUGUGAAAUGCCUCUUCUAAUGCCCGAGCUCAUAGAAGAGAGAGUCAAUCCUCAAUCUCUCGCACCUGAAAUGCCCUCACUGACUCUCGCUGUCCGACCGGACACCACAAAUCACAGACCUCACAGUCCGAACAAUAAUGCACCUGUUCUCCAUCUGGAAAAUUCACACUCCCCUUCUGUUAUAACAGACGAUGUGGGGACUUGUUCUGGAAGACCUUGUCAUGAUUGGCCCUUUGUUGCACUCCAAGAAGGUGUAAGCCAAUCACAAAACUCAAUCUCAGACACCUUUAUAGCAAAACCAGCGUCUCCUACCUUGGUUCCACAAUGGGGGCCACCAGAGGAGUCCAAACAGGAAGGACAUGAACACAUCCCAUCCGCAGACCAGAACACUCAAAAUGAGUCCAUUUCACAGUUUAAAAUUACUACUCAGAGUAUUUUACAAUGUUCUACCAUAGCAGAUGUGGAUUUAAUGGACACCUGUGACUCUGAAAUGGUCAGUAACUCAGUGGAAAGAGGAGACAAACCAACUUCUCUUAGUCUCGAAGAGCAGUCAAGCUCUCUCACAUCCUCCCAGGGCCCCUACGUGGAGUCCAAACCCUUCACCAUUUGGAAAAACCUCAGCUCCCAGAAUCCUGCAGUGCUCAUUGAGAGCUUGCAACCUGAGCUGGUAGUUGGUCUUACCACAGGUGUGAGCAGUCUUACAGAUUAUGCCCAUGACUCGCUGCCCUACACCAUGUGGUCCGAGUCAGGGUGCCAACAAGAAAAGUUCCCUGAUUCUCCAAACUCUUCACCGUGCACUCAGACCUGGACCAACCUGGAGCCCAUUCCCAUGCAGUGCUCUGGUGCAGACAUGGCUCCAAAUGCACCUCCUGAUCUGAAGCAACAGAACAUGGAGUUGGAACCAGCUGAAGCUUGUGUGCUCAGUGAGCAGGCAGGCUCUCAGGAACCUCAGGAGGAAGAGUUUAAAGGUCAGGAGUAUUACGAAGGUGCAAAGUCAGAGCAUGAUGGGUCUGUGAGCGACUCUGAUUCGUGUGAAUCAGGAGAUAAAGGUGCUGACAGCAGCAGUGAAUCCAGUGAGGAGAACGCCAUGAGUGACCCUGAGUAUGUGGAAACGGGUCUGGAGCCAGGGGAAGUCUGUACAUACCACAUGCAAACUGUUAAGAAGACAGCCAAGAGUUGGCGUCACCCCCUCAGAAAACCCACUGCAAGAGCAGUGCCAAGUGCUGUGAAACAGCAGGCUGCCAGCGAUGAUGAGACUUUAGAGGACUGUGCAACUAAAGAAGAGGAGCCAGAAACUGAGGAAUGGGCAAAGCCUUUAGUGCAUCUGUGGCAACACAGAAAAGCUCAUUUUCAAUAUGAACGAGAGUACAACGCAACUGCAGCUAAAACCUCUCCACACUGUGCUGUCUGCACUCUUUUCAUGCCAUACUAUCAGCCUGAUAAUUUAGAGGAGAGAAGGCAUGAUGUCUUAAUGAGUGCUGCGACAGAGUCUCAGGGGUCAUGUUCACAGGAGGCGGGCUUGAGAUCACGACCUCUGAUCCCUGAAAUUUGCUUUGCGUACCAGGAGGGCCCAUGUCCCUUGAACACACUGCUGGAGGAGGAUGGAUCCAGUCCUCUUGUGGCCUGUAAUAGUUGCUGUGUUCAAGUUCAUGCCAGUUGCUACGGUGUUGCUGCUCAUGAUGUCAGCCCAGUGUGGACAUGUGACAGAUGUGUGAGCGGAGACCUGGCAGCUGGAUGCUGUUUGUGUAACCUGAGGGGAGGUGCAUUAAAAAGAACCUCAGAUGACAGAUGGGUCCAUGUGAUGUGUGCUGUGGGUCUUCCUGAGGUGAAUUUCAUUGAUGUUGUGAAGAGAGCUCCUAUUGAUAUCAGUGCUAUACCUGUACAGAGAUAUAAACUGAAGUGUAUAUAUUGCCGUAACAGGAUAAAGAAGCUGUCCGGAGCAUGUAUUCAGUGCUCAUGUGGUCGUUGCCCCACCUCUUUCCAUGUCACUUGUGCACACGCAGCUGGAGUGCCCAUGGAGCCUGAUGAUUGGCCGUAUGUGGUUUUCAUCACCUGUCACAGGCACCAGUCACGGAGCUCCAGUGCUAAAGUGAAAGUUAGCAAAAGUGAAUUAGAAGUGGGCCAGACGGUGAUCUCCAAACACAAAAAUCUUCGUUACUACAGCUCACGUGUUACCCAGGUCAUGGCCCAAACAUUCUAUGAGGUUAUGUUUGAUGAUGGCUCAUUCAGCAAUGAUACAUUCCCUGAAGACAUUGUGAGCAGAGAUUGUGCCCAGUUUGGGCCUCCUGAAGUGGGGGAGGCUGUUCAGGUGAAGUGGCCUGAUGGACUUUUUUAUGGAGCCAAGUACCUUGGCUCUAAUACUUCAUAUAUGUAUCAGGUGGAAUUUGAAGAUGGAUCCCAAGUAUUGGCGAAGAGAGAGGACAUUUACACGCUGGAUGAAGACCUGCCCAAAAAAGUCAAAGGUCGUUUGUCCACGGCAUCCAGCAUGCGUUUCCAGGAUGCAUUCUUCACCACACAAGGUGAAAGGAAACGGCGACGCACACCAAAUUCGCGGUUUCAGACGGAUUAUAUUGCCCAUAUUAGCCCUCGAACCUUCACCAGGAACUCAGAAACACGCAGUAAAGCCAACUAAUGGAGGGAUGGAGGGCGCUUAAAUGAGAGGGGCUGUUUUAAAUGUGUUUGAAGAUUGUACAUCAGUGAGAUCAUGAUUUUCUAAAAGACAGAAAUACUGUGGUCUCAUAUGUCAGGGACAAGAAUGUUUUUCUAAAUUAGAAGUUUUUCCUGUUAUAUUUCAGAGGUUUUUCUAGCCUCAAAUGGUAUUCUGUAGCAUUGUAAUCUUGUAAUUUCCUCCCAAACACUGCUGAGACUAAUUUCACCUGCAUGCUUGUUUUGUAUAUGAUUUGUCUUGUCAUGCACCAUUCCUAGUCACUGACACUAUUAGCAUUGAGCUUAAAAUGGUAUAAAUGCCAAAAAAAAAAAAAAAAAAGGUUGCUACUGAUGUCCAGCAAAGCACAUGUCACAUUUUACUUAAAAUCUUGAUCAUCUUUAUUUAUUUGGGCUUUUAUUCUUUUCUAUGUGGUGCUUACAGCUGUUGAAAAAAAUUAAAGAGAUGUUUGCUUUGUGAUCUGUGCCUUGACCUCUGUUGAUGAAUACUUUACCAAUUUUUUGUUUUAUAGCUGAUAUUGAUUUAUGAUAAUUUACUUUAUACAGCUCAGUCAUUCUUGAGAAGUGGGACAAAACAGGGUGCAAAAUUGAAAAAGUAAAACCUUGUACUCAGACAAAUGAAACAACAUUUAUGUAUCUUAUAUGUACUAAGCUACUGCUAUGCUUUGAUACAACCUCCCAACUUUUCUCUUUUUUUUAACAAAAUGUGCUUUUUCCUUGGACUGUGUAAUAUGAUUUCAAUUUUAUCUUUGUUUUUAACAUUUCAAAACACAUUCUCAUGUUAGCAGACAGAUUACACUUUCACAUGUGACCAACAACUCCUCAACAAAUAUAAAAUAUCACAAUGAAAUAUUAUCAAAAUAUUCAUCUGACAGAGGUGACAGAACUGACGGAGUUGAUACGUCUGACAGCAGUGACGAAAACCUGAAUUUGUAGUCAUUUUAACUAUCAAAUACAUUGAAUCAAUCAAUUACUGUAUUAAAACACAACAAACAGUGAGUAUGUUAUUGUUUACAAAGCUUUUAUUCAAGUCACAUGUAUUUUGAUAUAUUAUUGGAACACAAAAUCUGACAGUGGUGACAUCUGACGGUGUUG